GAAUAAUAAUCGAAGAAAAAUGCAUUUCUUCGGAUUGCAUAUUUGUUGAUUCGCUCAAGAUGUAAUUUUACAUACUUCUAACAUUAGUUCGUCUGUAAAACUGCCAAGUAUUGCUACUUUGUUAGCUCAUUUAGUCAUGUUGUAUCAAGCGUUGAUAUCGAGAUAGUGUUAUGAACUUUUUAUAGUCGUUGCACUUUAUAAUGAUGCCAAAAUUAUACUUUUUAGUAAUAUUAAAAUGUGUUGCCCUCACUGUGGUAGCUAUUUCACCUGGUACAAUAACAUAUGUUAGUUUGACACAUAGAAAAUUUGUUUUUGUAAAAACACGUACUUAACUGACUACAUAAUGCAACCUGCAAUUUGGUUGAGGGAUUGAUUUUCCUCAUCCUUUAGACACAGACAUUUUUGUUAUUUUCUACUGUGCGCCCACAUUUUUUUACACCCUUGAAUGAAGACUGUAUAUUUGUUGUCAGGGUGCUGUAAAGUAUGAGUUGUUCUCAUACCACUAUGAUUGACAUGGUCCAGCCUGCCUCAGCACGGGUCCUGGUGACUGAACUAAGUGGAUCAGGACAAAUUAACCCCACCCCUGCCGAAAAGGCUUGUGAGGACACCAAGACAGCUCUGGAACUCUGUCUCAGCCCUGAGAAGCUGGAGUCAAUGUGUGGGACUUGGGACCUGUCUGGUGUGACGUCACUGGAGUUCUCCAUAAACACGCAAGAAAACUCCCUGGGUAACAUCGGUGCCUUCUUGCCCAACCUGGUGCAACUGAAAUUGAACAAAAGUGUGAUAAUGUCAGUAAGAGAACUCGGAAUGUCACUCCCCCACCUGCAGGUGCUGUGGAUGUGCCGCUGCUGCCUGUGUGACCUUGACGGCAUCUUCAAUUUUACUGCACUUAAAGAGCUGUAUGUGGCCUACAACCAUGUGUCGGACUUGAAUCACGUCGGCAUGCUGGAGAACCUGCAGCUGUUGGACCUGGAAGGAAACGAUGUGGAGGACUUAGUCCAAAUUCAGUAUCUCGGCUUGUGCCGAAAACUACAGACACUCACCUUGGAGGGGAAUCCUGUAUGUGUGCGCCCUGCAGCAACCGCCCCUCAGACAGCAGACUACAAAUAUCGAGCUGCAGUGCGGGAGUUGCUCCCUCAGCUGUGUUACCUAGACAAUUUGAGUGUUGAGGAGGAGGAGGAGGAAGAGGAAAAGGAGGACAGGACAAUCUGCAGCAGCAUCAUGGGAACAGAGUGGGAUGUUCUGCGGAACAUCAUCAGAGACUGUGCCUCCACUCUGAGUGCUGCAGAAGACAGUGUGGAGACAGUGGAGAGUGUAGGUACUUACAGCAGACCGAGCUCAGCUUGGCCUCUCGAUUGGCCACUCCCCUCCACACCCAGCACAGGAUCCAGACCCACAUCAGCAACAGAGUCUGCAUCAAGACCUGGUUCUGCAGACUCAUAUCGAGUGUCAGUGGAUGACACCAGCUUUCUAACACAUGGAGCUGGUAAGAUCUUGUUCUGUGGAAACCCAGUCCAGGCUCUUCGAGCUAAGCAUGAGAAGUUAAGGACCGCGCCCACUAAAUCAACCUUCACCCCCCGUGACCUGCCCAUCCAUGUACCGGAGCACACCUAUGACACUGAGGAGCCUGAUGUUAGAGAUCGCUCUGAUGUGAUUGCUGACCUCAAAUCAUGGAGGGAGAAGCACAGCAGGCGUCUGCAGGCCAUAGAGACGGAAAGAUUACCACAGAUUCUGUCAAUUCAGCACAGUAAUUUGGCAGAAGCAGAUGAUGAUGAUGAUGAUUAUAAUGAUGAAGACAAUCAUGGUGAUAUAGAGAGUGAUAGCAACGAUGGAGAGAAGCAGCAUGACAACCUGAAUAAAACCCCAGACUUGUCAUGUCCGUCUCUUUCCCCAGAUCUGUGUCACAGAGAAGCCCUGAUCCCUGAUAUAGCAAAGCUGUCCCUGUCCCCAGAUGUCAGAUUGUCUCCUUCUCCUCCUGUCCAAGCUGAAGCAGUGCCACCUUCUGGUGUUCCCAAACCACACAGCAUUCGUGCACGCAGGCUACGACAAAGCCUGGUCCAUUUAGAACAAUUACCCAAUUCUAACAAAGAGGUGUGCAGCCUGAAGACCGCAGCAACAGUGGGAGACACACACCUGUUACUUCCCAGAGUCUGUAGUGUGACCAGGACAAACAUUCACAUACCAAACCUGCCAUCCGCUAGUGAGGGAAGCAUCGAUUCAGGUUUGGAUAUGGAAUUACCGUGUCAGCAUCGUCAUCCUCCCCAGUUACCCAAGCUCCGGGACAAACUGGCAAUGAGUCGUCCUCACACUGCGAGGGCUGCUCUACAGAUACAUCAGCAGCACCAUUUUCACUGGACCCACAGUGGAUCCUCACAACAACACUGACACCAGGGGGACGUUAAUGUUAGGCUGCUCAAUGUGUUUGACAGAGAAGUAACACAAAGACCAUUCAGGAAGAGAUAGGCACUGACACUUGAGCAUUCCUCAUGGAUCACGAUAGCGAUCUAUGAAUGUAAUUGGAGAAAAUAAUAACAUAAUCUCUGAUAUUCUGACAGAUAACAUUGCAUUUAUGUGCAAUGUUAUUGUCUAUGAAUACCUCACAUAUUUUUAUUUCUCAGGUGAAAGUGUCUCGAUCAUUAAAAAGCUACUUGUUUAAAAAAACAAAAUAACACAACAGCUAUUUCCUUUAACUGGAAUCUUAAAAAAAAAAACAAAAAAAACUUGAGGUGACGAAUGUUCUAAUAAAGCAAUAAGGUAGUAAAGUAACCUUGCCGCAUGAGGGCGCUAUUUCUAAACGUUAAUUUAUAAUCUAUCAACACUUUCUCCUCCUUGAAUUUACAGCGGUUAAAUCCACCUUCUUUGAACUAAGAUUCACCUCUUGCUUCGACUGUGUUCACAACAAAAUGAGUGUGAAUGACUGCAGAAUUAACCUGAAACUCCUGAGCAAAUAUAACAGGAAUAAUGGACUAAAAAAAUCUUCUGUUUUCUGAUCAUUAUGGGGUUUGUUUUUAUUGUUUGUAAAGGGCAAUAUAAAACAGAUUUGUACAAUUCUGCACCACACCUAUAAAUAUGACUGUUUGAGUGGGUGGACACAGCUUGGAGUAAAACAGUUUAGUAGUUCUUCAGGGCAAGAAGUAAUGUGAAUCGCCAUUUGUGUUGAAUGAGUCACAAUCAUUUUUACAUCACAAUGCAAUUGGGAAUUUUCACCAUCGGGGCGAUGUAUGACAUUUCCAAACAAGCCUGAUGUUAUGCACGGGGCACACACAAACACACACCUCUUUAUAAUUCAUCACAUCAGUUUAGAGGAACAGGAUGUAAAUAAAUGAGUCAAAGUAAUGAAACGCAGGGAGUCAUUAAAUGUUGGCAGCGUUGUUAAUACUACUGUUUAAAGUGUGCGUUUGUGUCUGUGUGUAGGAAUGCGUAAUGCCUUUGUACAUGCAGGAGCACGCACCCACCCCCCUAACCAUAAGACAGCUCUUAUGUAACACUUUAUCCUUCAGUAACUCCUGUCAUUGUACAUGACUAUAGAUCCUUCCAGCAUUUUCCUCUCAGAGUUCCUCCCCCUCAGGGAGUCUCCCUCCCCCCCACUCCCUGUCAGGUGUUUUCAGAGGAGACACAUUCCAAUGUCGCUGGUGUUGUUACGCCUUAAAAGAUAUAAAUGGAAGUGAAUGGAAUGAAGUGAAGUGAAGUGAAGUGAGGCUUUGUGUUGGGCGGUGUGUCCAAUUACGAUUUCUUCAAAUUUUUCUUAAGGGUUAGUUCUCACAUCUGGACUUGUAGCUGUGAUGCUUUUACCUGGUGGGAGCCAAUUACAAGAUUCAACCACGUAACGGCUCCACGUAACAGAACAAGUUUCUGCUAGAAUAGAACGUGUGUAAACUGCACUAAGAUAACAUUGGAUUCAUUAAAGUAUCUUAUCUUGUAAACUUCAGGUAUCUUGGAGAUAGUAACACAGCUUGAGUGUACAUGGUCUACACACAAUACUGCAGUGAUUAUACUCUGAGUAACCAGAAUAUAAGGGCCGUCUGAGUUCAUUCUGUUAAAUUGUUUGCAAGAAACAGAAAAAAGACUACUUUAGAAGAGUUGUAACUCACAAGUGAUUUUCAGUAGUCUCAUCCUACACGUUCUUCAAUAAAAUUGAAGUAAAUAAAAUACCGAGACAAGGUUAAAUCAGAGAGGGAAUGAGGGAAACGUUUUGUAGGACCAUGUCUCUACAGAACUAGCAUUGAAUAUUGUUAGUGUUAUUUACUUGUGAAAGGAAGUGAUGUACGACCACACGACACUAACGUUAAAUUCAGAGAAAAUCAUUCUUUGUCUGCUCUAACACUUGAGAAUAUUUUAUUGAACCUGCUUUGUCAGCAAUUCAACCUGAAAAAUUCAUGAUUGUUUCUGGUAGUGACUAACUUUAUUUUGAAACUGCUAACAGUUCCUGUGUGCUUAUUUGUUUCCCUCCAUAAUGAAAGCCUUACACACGGACAAACUGAGGACAUCAGUCAAAGCCGGUUAUACCUAACUCUCAAGUGACCAUAAUGUCAAUCAAAUGCAGUGACCUGGGGUGACCUUGGCCACAGCAGAGUCUCUGACCCUUUUGUUCUCUGACUGCGCUGGUGAUUGUGCAAGAAAAGGCAUAUUGUCUUUUCCAUGAAAUGGUGUCGAGACAUAUCCCACAUACCCACCGCACCCAUCCCAUAUGAAAAACAGUGGGAAGACAGGAAUGGUAUAAGAGAAGAAGAGUGAGAUGGACAGGAUCACCAUCACCAUGACAUGUUUAUGUUAAUGGUACCAUCCACCAGGCGUUUUGAUGAUGAGUGAAGAUUUCAAUUUAAUGCUUGAAUUCACAUCUUCCUUCCAUUCUCUUAAAUAAGGGGUGGGAUUUCUACUGAAAUGACCAGGUAAAUAAUAUAUUUUAUUUAAUUAUUUUUAAAUUUUAUCUCAAUUUCUCAUGAUCUAUCAGCACCUUUGCAAUCUACUGGUAGAUCCCAAUCCACUUGUGGGCUGUGAGUUUGUCAUAAACUGUCACUUAAAUCAGAAAAUUACUAGUGAGUCAGUCAGUUCCUCAGCGAAUCUCAUAUAAAAAUCUAAUAAGCUGCAUUUCAUUUAUUUUAGAUGAAAUGGCUUUUAUUUUAAAUCACUAGGGGUUUUAUAAUUUACAAUACACGUCACAUUUUUCUCUCAGACUCAGCAGUUGAAAACAUAUACGUAAUAAGUUCAGACAAGCCCAGCAGAAGCUGUUUGCACAGUCCACACGAGACCAUGGAGCCCUGCCGGGAGGAAAAUUCCAUUCACUGGCAGUUACAGUAUAAAGACUCUGUAACUCAUUCUGUGUUGACGUCUUUAAGACUGAAGCUACGCUGACAAUCUUUAAUGAUAUGUAAGAGAUGUUUUCUGAACUGAGCUUAAUUAUUUUUAUGUUUAUUGUGAUGCUGAUGUAAGGAGUCUGCAGAGAGAGAAAAUCCACUUGCUAAGAUACAAUUAUCUUUAUGGGUUUGUCAUGUAGUAGAGUGUAUAUUUUAUUUCCUCAGUCCUUUUAAAAGAUGGCUGUUUUUCACAUAUCUAAUUCGUACUACUGGAUAUUUUCCUUUGUGAUAGUGUUCGAUUCUCUUGAUUGUUAUUGAUUAUGUUACACUGUGAAUGGAAAUGCCAAUAAAGCAACAAAAUAGAAAAUUAAUUUGAGUAUAAUCACUGUAGUAUUGUGUGUAGACCAUGUACACUCAAGCUGUGUUACUAUCUCCAAGAUACCUGAAGUUUACAAGAUAAGAUACUUUAAUGAAUCCAAUGUUAUCUUAGUGCAGUAUUUCUAUCUGUAAUUGUUUGUGAUACUGAAGUUGAUAUGAUAGAGCUAACAAUGCAUUUUCCACUCUUUUCUUUCAAUGUCAUGUGUGCAAUCGCAUUGUAGAGCCAGAAAUCACCUUUAAUUCUUGGAAAGGGAAGUGAAACAAGCCUACAA